GGGCGCGUCUUGGGUGCUCGCGGGAGGAGAACAGCCUGGAACAGUCGGAACCCGGGAUGGGAAGCGGAGGGGCCCCAGGGCUGAGCGUCUGUGACCCGGGACCCGCGCAAGCUCCGCGCUCAUUAGUUACCUCCCUCCCUCUCUGCGUCUUUGUGCACUUCGCUUCCUUUCGCAGUAAACGUUCUUCCGAGAAAUUCCAAGGGGAUCUCAGCCAAGCGGAGGGGGAAGGGAUCCUGCUCUCGCCUGGGGAGACCGAAGGGCACCGCCGCCCGCGCCCCGGAGUGCCGACACCCCAGGGAUGUGAGUGCGCCCCCGACCCGAGGCCCGCGCUCCCCGCCUCCAUCCGCGGCCUGCGCCCCAGAAGACCCCCACCCACAGCCCCUGCGCUGUCCUGAGGCCCGCCUGGAGCAUGCUGCCUGCAGCCAUGAAGGGCCUCAGCCUGGUACUGCUGGCCGCCCUGCUGUGCUCUGCGCCCGCGCAGGGCCUGUGGUGCCAGGACUGCACGCUGACCACCAACUCCAGCCAUUGCACCCCGAAGCAGUGCCCGCCGUCGGACACAGUGUGCGCCAGUGUCCGCAUCACCGACCCCAGCAGCAGAAGGAAAGAUCAUUCCGUGAACAAGAUGUGUGCCUCAUCCUGUGACUUCGUUAAGCGGCACUUUUUCUCAGACUAUCUGAUGGGCUUCAUUAACUCUGGGAUCUUAAAAGUAGAGGUGGACUGCUGCGAGAAGGAUUUGUGCAACGGGGUGUCCGGGGUGGGGGGCAGCCCCUGGGCCCUGGCCUGGGGGCUCCUGCUCGGCCUAGGGCCUGCCCUCCUCUGGGCUGGGCCCUGAGGUCCCCUCCCUCCCACAGGGCUUUUGAGCUUAUUCCGCGGAGCCGGUGGUUGCCCUCUCCCCAGCCUGGCCUGGCUGGGGUUGGGGCAGCCUUGGCCUGGCUCCAUGGUCUGUGGCCCUCGCCCCUCCCCGAGAUGUGAGACCUCCCUGUCUCUCUACCAGCGUCGAGUCCCAGCCAGCAGGACAUCUCUGGGAAACCAGGCAUCGGGCAGGAGGCGUGGGGGGUGAGGGCAGGGGGCUGGGACCCCCAGCUGUCUGAGGGGAAGCCAGGCUGAGCCAGGCCCAGUCCAGCAGCCUGGCUGUGAGGGCAUCUUCUAUGGAGAAAUAAAGUCACUUUUGAGUUCGGAGA